UCACCGAUCAUUACUAACAUGCGGUGAAAUUGGGUGAAUGUAUUUUUUUUUCUUAGGCGAAUAAUAACGUGAAUUUUGUACCCUGCAAAGCUGAUUUUGAGAGGAGUGCACACAGAAGGACACAAUUUGAGUCAUGAGGGACAGACUUGACCACCUCCGGGAUGUAUCAGUGUCUAAUGAGAGUGUUGCAGAGUAUGAAACUGGCCAAACUCUCCCCCCUUCAGAAAACACAACCCAUGAUGAUCCUCCUCAAGAUACCAGCACCAACCCUGACAUGGAAGCUGUCUUUGAUGAGGCACAAGAGGCUCGGCGUCAGAUUCAGUACAUCAGUCUGGAAGUGAAGCGUCUCAGGGAGCGAAACUCACAUAUUUUUACAGGUGCAGUCGGUUCUAGUGCUUCUAAUACCUGUGACUCUGAUGCUAUCGCUGCUGGCAUCAAAACCAGUGGACAGGAGAUGCUUGCGCACCUUCGCAAAAUGGAUUCCCACGGGAAAGAGUUAGAGGAAAAGUAUGGCUUCUAUUCGACGGUGGCAAGAAUCGCCCGAACACAGUACGCCAGCAUAAGCAACAGUUUCAGAGAUACCAUGGUGGAGUACAACGAUGCGGAGAUGAGCUACAGAGAGUCCUGCAAGGCAUAUAUUCAACGGCAGAUGGAGAUUGUGGGGCGAGAGGUCACGGGUGACCAGAUCGAGGAGAUGCUGGAGAGCGGUCAGUGGAACGUUUUCAGUGAGAACAUGGUUUCAGAAGGGAAAACUGUACGGUCUGCGCUCAUACAGAUUGAGAGCCGUCAUACAGAACUGCUACAGCUGGAGAGACGCAUUCAGAGCCUUCAUGAGGUUUUUCUGGAUGUGGCCAUGCUGCUAGAACAGCAGAGCUCAAUGAUAGACUACAUUCACACCAAUGUUCAGUCAACGGAGGUGGAGGUCAGGGAGGUCCUUGUGAAGCUGGAGCGAUCCAAAAGACAUGAUAGGAGCAACCCGUUAAAAAAAAUGUUCUUCUGGAAGCGAUGACAUGGCCACAAAUAUCACAGUUCAAAAGAAAUACACUAAGUGAUCCGAUUCUUUUUGUUUGUAUUACCAUUUUAUAUUUGUUGCAAUUUCUUUUUUAGGCAUUCAUCUUCUGAAGGAAAACACAUAAUAGUAAUUUUGUGUAAGACACUGCUAUCCAAUACAUAUCUCAAAAGUAUCACAAAUAUUGAAAUGUGUGCAUUUUUACAGUUGGCUGUUUUGGCAAAUAACUUUUACAGGGAUUCAGAAAUGUUUUUUUUUUUGUAGACAUUUUUAAAUGAAGCUUUUAUUCUUGGGAUGGAAUGACUAGUUAAUUGUGAUGAUGGAUCUAACUAUUUCUUGUGUAUACAAAAAUGUUAUCAGCUGUAUCUCAUUCUGUGUGGAUUCAUUAAAAGUUUUUUGGCAGAAGUCAUAAAUUAGAGGAUAACUUUAUUACCCUAAUUAGAUCACAUGUGUCUACCUCAUGUGGAACGUGAUGUCCCUGCUCACAUCUAUU